CUCCUCCACCUUCAAUCUCCUUUCUCAAGACCUUAUCGAACUCGUGAAACUGAAAAUAACUUGCAGGUAGCCGGCGACCUCGAUACCAGGUGUCGUCGCUAAAGGCCGGCGCCUUCGCUACUUGGCAUUCGGCCUCGUCUUCGCAUGGAGAAACGGAGAUCAGUGGUACGCGAGAUGGUUGUGGGAGGGAACCAAGAUCUUCCCUCGUCGCACAAUCCCAGAGUCUGCAAUCAGACAAUUCAUAUGCUCCAUACCAUAUAAAUUCACCGCCAGCUCUUCAUAGUUGUACCUCCGAACUAUUCAUCUCCUCCCAUGGGCAGGCCUGUCAUUCAAUCGCCAAAUUCCAGAGUUGAUUAAAUAACAGGGCAACGACAACCUCGCCUGCCACCCCAUCGCACUCGCUAACAGUGUGGGCUUUAUCUCUCUCCUAGAGGCCACUUCCUCUAUGUAACAUCUCACUCAUUCCUGGGGAUCUAGCCCAUUGAUUAUUGUUCUUCCCUUACCCUCCCAUUACCAUCGAUUAGAGAUUGGGGGUUUGGGUUUCUUCAAAUUGAUGGUGGUUGGGCUUCCGAACAACUUGUCAUUGGCGGCGGCGGGAGCUUUAAAUCGAAGAUGGAGUCAAGGCAGGAGGACGGUGAGAUUGGGAAGAAUUUGGCCAUCCUUGUACUCUCGCCGUCAUCAUUGUCGAAUGGAAGAAGGGUUGUGGGAUGAACUGAAAUGGAGGGCACACAUUGGAAAAAUUAAUAAAAGAUGAGGGAUUAGAAAUAGCUGAUGGCCAUCAGCUAUUUGAAAACCCCUCGUUUAAGAGUUUUUGAAAUCACUAAUGUUUAAAAUCCCUCAUCGUUUUAGCGUUAUCCAAACAAGUAAUUUUAUACGAAUCCCUCAUUGUUAGAGAUUGUGUCAAAAUCUCUCUAUGAAAACUCUAAUCCAACGGGCCCUACGGUACAAUCUCAAAUUAUACCUACACUUUUGGAGUUGUACCUACACUUUGUGAAAUAAAAUUUUCAAUGGUACAACUGAAACUUGUACCUAUACGAUAUGGUACAACUAUAAUUUUAACCUACACUUGUAUACAUUGAUUCAUUAUUUACAAGAUUGACAUUAAUAAUAUGAGAGCAGUCAUUCAGUGGGUUUACCUCCCAAAAGGUUACCUUUUUUAUUUUAUUUUUUAGAGCAUGGAUGCUAUAAUAGAGCUAGGGGAAUCAGUCAGUCGGUUUGAUCUAACCAAAAACCAAAUUCUCGAUUAUCGGUUAAACCGAGCCACCUCCCUCUGAUGUCGACCACCGGCCGUGAGAGGCAUUACGGCUAGCCGACCACCGACCGGUCGGUUAUCAGUUUUGGCACGGUUAGCCGCACACCCGAAAAAGCACUCCUUUCUCACAAAAAAAAAUUCAUUAAAACUAUUAAAAAAAAAACACAAAAAAACCCCACCACUCAAACCUUAUCUCCUGCCUCCUUCUCUCUCCUUCCUUUCUCCAUUCAAACCCACUAGGACACCACUCCUUCCUUCUCCCUCCUUCCUUCCUUCUGCCAUAGCCAAACCACACAAAACCCAUCAAAGACAGACCCAUCACGAAACUCCAAACAUGGCUACACCACCACCGUGGCCGACGUCACUACUCGUUUUCCUCUCCUCCGUCUUCCUCUACCUAGCAGCAGUCUCCGAAAAGCAAAACAAGAGCCCCACCAUAGCCGCCGGAACCCUGCGCCUCUACUUCCACGAUUGCUUCGCCAAAGGCUGCGACGGCUCCGCCCUCAUCUCCUCCACUGCAUUCAACAUGGCCGAGCGCGAGGUGCAGCGAGAGUCGAGGCGGCAGAUGCGACGAGGAUGGCGACGCGGCAGUGGAGGCAAGGUGGACGGCGAGAAGGACGACGACGCGGAGGCGGAGGCGAGGUGGACGGCGACGCAGAGGUGGAGGCGAGAAGGACGGCAAAGCGGCGGCGGAGGCGAGGUGGACGAAGGAGGGAGAGUUUUGUUGAGAUCUAGGGUAUGAGGAGGAGAGUGGAGGUGGAGAUGAUAUGCACAUUUUGGGGAAGGUUAAGUGGGUCUCGGUUGGGGUCGGUUUGUCGAAUAACCGCGGUUAAUCACCGUCGGUUACUUGGUCAACCGACCCCUUCCUUUUCCCAGCCGACCACCGACCGCUAAGGUAACCAGUCGGUUUUCGGUUAGCUUGUAACCGACCGGUUUUCGGUUGUAACCGACGGUUACCCGCUAACCGGCAAUCGAAAUGCCAGCCCUAAAUAGAGCACACUAGUGCCCUGUUUAGUAUCCAUUCCCAUUCCAGUUUUCUGCUUCCGUUUCCAUAAAAAUAAAAAUGAAAAGAAAAAAUGCGU